CCAAAUUAAAAUUAAAAAAUUAGGGGAUACUCUUCAGUAUUUAAUAAUGUGAUUCUAUAUGUAAAUUGCAUACCCAUUCACUCACUCACGGACAUUAUAGAGAGCGAGAGAGAUUAAAAUGGUUUCGACUAAUGGUUUUGCUAUGAAUGGAGGAGAUGGCGCUGAGAGCUACCAAAAAAAUUCCUCCUACCAGAGAAGUGUGAUCAAUAACGCCAAAUCGGCUGUCCAAAAAUUCAUAGCCCAACACUCGACAGACUCCCUCUCUUCACCAACCAUCGCCAUCGCCGACUUAGGCUGCUCUGUGGGGCCCAACACUCUUAUAACCGUCCACAACAUCGUGGAGGCCAUCAAGCUCAAACACCCACAAAAGGAAUUCCAAGUCUACUUCAGCGACCAAGUGGACAACGACUUCAACACCCUCUUCAGCUCUCUCCCUCCCGACAGAGACUACCACGCAGUUGGUGUCCCUGGCUCGUUCUACCAACGCCUGUUCCCGCGCAGCUCCCUCCAGAUCGUGCACUGCUCCACUGCCCUGCACUGGCUCUCCAGAUCUCCCUCUGUCGAGAACAGAGGCAGGAUCGGUUAUUCCAGGGCUGGGCAGGCAGUAGUCGAUGCGUACGCUCGACAACAUGCGCAGGAUGUGUCAAAGUUUCUAGAAGCUCGGGCGGAGGAAGUCGUCCCGGGAGGACUGCUCAUGCUCAUCCUCCCGGCUCGACCAAAUGGGGUCCCCCACUCUCGGGUCGGACAAAACGUGGUGGUCGAUGCGCUGGAGGACUGCCUGAUGGAUUUGGCCAGAAAGGGAAUAAUUGAUGAAGAGAAGGUGGACGAGUUCAACUGUCCAACGUAUUAUACGUCGACACAAGAGUUGGAAGAGAUUGUGAAGCUCAACGCACUUUUCAGCAUCGAGAGGAUGGAAAGUUUGCCCCCAAUCAAUAAUAUUCUCCAUUUUCGUAGCUUCAAACAGGUGUCUCUCACCUUCAGAGCCGCGUUCGAGCACCUCAUAAGCACUCAGUUUGGGCAACAAAUCUCUGAUAAAAUCUUUGAUACUCUUUUAACCCGCAAACUUGUCAAAAUGACUUUUCGUUUACUCUCUGCAUCGUCGCUUAAUUUAUUUGUGCUUCUCAAACGUAAACAGGACGAUGAUAUACUAUAACAAACCCAGUUUACAAUCAUUGAUUCUAAAUGCUGCAACCAUAUUCCAUAAUGUUAUCUUCAACAUUGUAUUGUUGCUAUAUAGUAUAUUUGUGUUUUCAUGAUUUUUUUAACGAUUGUAUUUGAUGCUUAUUGUAUUCUUAUUUUGUAUUUGGACAUUGACUUUGGUAUUAAAUUCAUAGUGUUUUGAUGAAUAGGAUAAAUCAUUGUUAUGUAUCUCAGUUCUUA